UCUGUCGAAUCCAAGUCCCAUUAAGAUUUUAUUCCUUCUCUUUUUUGGGAAUGAAAACUCUAUCCCGAUAAAAAACAACUCUCGACCCUCUGAUUUCCAAUAUUUCCAAUUACAAUUCCCAGUUUUUUGACAGAACCCUUGCUUGCCCUUCUUCUAUCAUCGACAACUCAUUGAUGUACUUUAUGAAUUAAACUUUUUAUUUUUAUUUAUUUAUUUUUGUGAAUACCCUUGACAAAAUUUCUGGGUCUGCCACUGGUUAGGAAUGUAUGUCGACAUGUGGUGCAAGACAUAAAUGUAACAUAAUAUGGCUGGGGCACGUGAAUCAUAUAUAAUGAAAUUAAAUCAUGCACCAUUAAUGCACAUCUCCCAUACAAAUGGAAACCAUUAAUGCAUUCAAUGCAAAUGCAUGGCUAGCUAUAUCUACGUACGUAAGUUUGUUCAACAUGCACUUGUUCUUGAAUAAGAUUAUCCAACUUCAUUCGGACCGAACUAUGGAGUUGCAAUUACAUAAGAAAUUAUAUGAUGAAAUCACGAAAUUUAAGUUAGGAUAGAUGAUAGUAAAAUUAGGAAGACGUUUAAUCCUUAUGUUAAAUGAAAUCAAUGCUAGAUCAGUAGCGGUAAUCUCUGCUAUUAUGUAUACUUUACGGAGCAGGAAAGCGGAGAAAAAACAAGCGUGGGUCGCCGGUGUGUGGGCUGUUAAUGGGCUGGGCUUGGUUUAUAUAUUCCUUCUGUUUCCUCGGAAAGAAAAGAAGCCCCACCCCAGUUCCAAGGAGGGAAAGAAGAAGAAGCUGCUCGCACGCCGGCCGUUGACAAUCUCAAAACAACGGCCGAGCAAAAGGAUUUUGUGAAGUUAGGGAUGAUUUGGAGGUUGAUAUUCUCCAAAUUGAAACAUUUAAUUACUUUGUGUAAUGAUUAAAUUUCAUAAUUUGUACAGUACCUUAUUUUGGAGGUUUAUAUUGUGUUUUUGGUCAAAUGGAAAGUUGAGUAGACAAUAAUUAGUAGAGAUUGAUGAUCACUCAUUUUGAGUGAUUGUAGAUUUGUAGGUAGGCUCGUAAAAAAAAGACAAUACAUGUAUUAUAUAUAAAAUAUUUACCGAAAAAUAAUUUAAUCUUAACAUUACAUGAUUGAAAUCCCGACCUUCAAACCACUCUUAGUUUUCCUUCCAAUUCUUCCCGAGUGAAAUCUACCAGCAUCGAAAGAAAAAAGAAAGCUGGAACAUUUGUCAAGAAAGGUAGGGAACAAGGACCCCGCCACUUAAUAAUGUAACCUUUUUUUUCCCCCCUAUGAUUCAAGAUACCUCGGAUCGAUCAUGGUACAAAGAAUUAUGGAAAAGGAGAAAAGGCAUUGGACCACUUGCAAUAUUUUUUUUUUUUGUAUGAAUCCAUGAUAGUUAUUAUCGAUACGUAUGUAACAUUAUAUGGUUGUCACGUGACACAUACUUUUAUAAUGCAUCCAUGCAUAUCCUGCCAAAAUGGGAAAAUGUCCCAUGCAAAAUUGCCAUGCAUGGCUUGCUCUGUGUUUACGUUUACAUAACCCAUAUAGUGUUCUUUAUUCAUUCAUUAAUAAUAAUAAAACCUGUAUGGCAUUAUUUUAUAAUGAAGGUACGUUCAAUGUGGGUUCGUGCCUUCUUUCAGCUAUGCAACUCUUUUGUAUUUUUCCAUUUCGGUAUAUCGAGUGAGCUUUAUUUACAACAAAAAAAAAGAAGAAAAAAUGUCAAAAGUUUAUCUUACUAAUUAACUAUUUUUAUAAUGUUAUUAAAAAAUACAUGCGUAAUUAUCCAUAAAAUAUAUAUAGUUCUGGGUCACUGUAAAACAAAGUUCUAGGUGAUUUAUUUUGCUACUUUCAAUGACAUAACUGAAUGGGCUAGGAUGAAGACAAUACUCGUAGGGUUUUAGCUUACAUUACUUGUAAUGUUGACUUCAUUACUUCAACCAGCAAAACUAAGAAACACACAUUGAAGGUGGAGUGGUGGACACACCCAGUGAUGGAGUCAGAAAAUUGAACAAUGAGCUAAAUUUCUAAUGUGAAGGACUCGAACCGUGAUCAUUGCUGAGGGAGGCUAGUGCCUUACAACCUAGUCUACUUUUAUAAUUAGCUAACAAAUUUUACAUGUAAAUUUACCUACAUUUGAAAAUUGAGGGAGGCUGGUGCCUUACCAACUAGUCUACUUUUGUAAUUAGCUACAAAUUUUACAUGUAAAUGUACCUACAUUUGAAAGUUGCGGGCGGCCUGUUGUCUCCCCUAAACUUAACGUGGCUCGUUCACUUGACACGCCUAUUAUAAACUUUCUAGGGGAUAUUUCAUCACCCGAAGUCAAAGUUUUCAAGCGAGGUACAAAACAUGUGUCUUACUACCUCUGGUACGAAUCAUACCACUCAUGGUAUUCCCGUAUAAGAGGGGUAUAAUUCGUAUCAAGUGGUAAGAUACUGAAUUUUGUAUAUUUUGUAGUUCUAAAUUAGUUAAAUUCAUGGUCCAUGAAACUGUACCGUACCAGCGGUUCAACGACGAAAUACCAGUAUUGGAGACUAAAUCGGUAGUCGGUAUUUAACGAUUUAGCGGUUGAACGGCGAUUAAACCACGAUUUUACCAUAAAAUACCCUACCGCUGACUUUCUCGGUACGGUUUCAUGGACCAUAGUUAAAUUGCAUUUGUAACGCCAAUUACUAUUAAAAAUUGAAAUAAAUAUUAAACUACUCAUACACCCAGUGGCGGAGCCACUUGGAGAGGAGGGGGGUGCUUGGAGAAAAAAUUUCCGAGUAGGGGUAUCUACAAAUUCUAACCAGUGACCAUUCAGUUGCAGGAAGAAUUUCUUAUCAUUUUGAUCGAGUGAGUUUUGUUAUGCAAUGCACUUUCGUCUUUAUUUAUAGUAAUAAAUUGUUGUCUUUUGUUUAAACUCGCUCAUUUUUUUUUUGUAGCUCUACAACAGAGAAAUUUCUUGUCUUUUGUUUAAACAAAGUUGAAAAUGAAGAAGUACGAUUUUUUUUUUUUUUUUACAACAACAUUAGUCCAUUAAUAUAACAAACCAAUGGAAGGUAACAGAUAAAGGGCAAGCCCAAUAAAGGUUCAACAAAGAAAAAAUAAUAGAGUUACAGCCCAACACAAAAAGCCCAAGGGCCACAAACCAACCCAGCAGAGGACAGAAACCCUAAAAUUUUCCUUCAUCCCACCGCACAUACAUCGCGCCGCUGCCGAGAAAAGGGGAAGAUGGCAUCUCCUCCGGCACCAGAUCCAAACAGCUGAUCGAAAAAAAACGAGCAAACCUUGCUGAAUCUUGGAAGGGGAGACGUCAAGAGCGAACAUCAAGAAGAAUGAAGCCCCCACAAGGACACAAACCACUCGAGGAAGGAAGAACACAAACUCGAGCAGGAGGAUCCAAGCAGCAAACCCAGAACACGAAAUCAGCCUCCAAAGUACGAACGAUAACCCUGCUCUCAGAAAACAAGGAAGAGAGUUCAAAGUCACAGAAUGGACCAAAGCUCCACCGAAUCACCACACCAUUCGGGCAAAGCAAGGAGGAGGAAGCUCAUAAUCCUUGAAGAAAGAAAGCAAACUAAAGAGAAAACUCCUUAGCUCAUUCUGAAACCACACCCAAAUCACAGAUCUGUAAACAAUUCCAAGGUACGAAUUGAAGUUCACUUGUUUGUUUCACAAAAUCAAUUCCAAGGUACUUCUGAGUUCUAAUUUGUAAUAUUUGAUGAAUGGAAGUCUUGAUUUGUAUGUACAGAACUUAUUUGUUUGACGUUGUAACCGGUGUACGUGAAACUAUUUUAAUGUAAUUGUAUGAAUUUAGAGUAUUGCGGUUGUUGACUUUUUGUUUAAUUUAUAGUUGACUUUUCUAUUGUACAGCUAAGUUUUUAUGAUAUGAUAAAGACACUCCCUUGGCCAAUUUUCUGGCUCCGCCACUGCAAACACCCAACCCUUAAUUACCAUUAUUAUUGUUUAAUCCCAUCAAACUCGCUCUCUUUCCCAAUAUUUUUGGGGGUGGACCAAAUUCCAGAACAAACGAGCCGCACUCCCAAAGUUCUUCUCUUUCCCCCUUUCUCCUCGAUCCCUCGCUCCUUUACUCUCUCAUCUGAGUUACAUGGAUGAAACCCUAAUCUGAACACUCCUUCAUUUCAUAAACCCAUCUCCGAUUCCUUUGUGUCUCUUCGAUGUCGUGAUAACUUGAUCCUGUUUUAGAUGCAAGAGAAUACUCUGUAGCCGCCGACUCCGAGAAUCGGGCUUUGAUCAGAAAUUCGCCGCCGCCAGUGACAGGGGACGCGAUUGUGGACCGAGCCGCCGGGGAAUUUGACGAUCGGCGGGCGGUUGUGGGCGCCUCUCAGCUAUGUCCAUUUUGUAGAUGUUUGGUGCGAAAUUCUACAGUGCCUAUCAGGUGUUUGCGAAGUUCCCUGUGAGUGAAAUUUCUUGUUUGUCUAUGCUGUGUGUACUGCUUGUGCAUUUUGGUUUAGCUCAAGAAUGGUCCAAUUGAUGAAGGCCUUCUAAUUAGCUUCUGUUAGGAUAUAGAAACCAAUGUCUGGCUUGGUCUCGUUAUAAUUGUCACCCCAUUCGAAUAUCCAAACACAAAAGCUUCCUAGGUGCUCUUUUGUUCUGUUCCAUGCUGAAGAAGAUUCUGUAAUGGAUUGCUGCAAUAUAGGGUGGGGAGAAAUGAUAUCUUAGAUUACUGCUGUUAAUAUAAUGGGGGAAAAGAACAAAAUUUGCUGCAAUGUGUUUUUUAUGAGAGAAGAACAAAAUCCCAAUAAGAUAUGGACAAGGAGAAAAGCUUUGGAAACUCUAUGAGUCCUUAUUGACAACUUCUCUUCGUUAUCAAAGUCCUUAUUGAAAAUGCUUAUGUACAUUCCCAAUGUGGUUUGGCGUUUGGGAUGGCUAGCAUCCAAUAAGAAUGAAAAUUUUGUAUCAUGGAUGUCCAUGAUUCUGGGUUGAUACCAAGGCAUGACAUAAGCAUUUUCAAUUCUUUUGUUUGCUUUUUACUUAUAGUUUCCUGUAUGGUGUUGAGAACUUGUGAAGCUGGCUAGCUAUCUCUAGCUAUGUCUGAAUAUGAAAGCCGAAGUUAGUUUUCAAGUUUCCUGUUAGAACCAAAUGCCUGCCCUUUUUCUUCUAGGACUUGAUGCUUAGGGUUUUGGUUGCCAAAAUACGACAUGCAUUAAAUUCUUGUAUUGGUUGGUCAGUAGAAUUACUUUUCACAUAAAUCUUCCACCAUUAAUUGCAAGUACGUGCAUGAUCAUAUUGGUAUUAUUUUGUUGGAGUGUACUCAGCUAUCACCAACACUCAUCCGGACAAUUUACAGUAUCAUAAUUAAAUAUUUUAUUGACUGAGAUAUGAGAACUAGGGAUGCUGAUUUUUCUUAAUGAAGGCAAACGCCCAUUUUGUAUUGCCAGGGGGUGGAUCUGACCUCAGUUGCAUCUAUGUCCUCAGAACUUUCAGUUUCUUUGUUUGAGGUCUGCAGGAGUUUAUAGCACAAGAUUGCAAAAUGUACACAUGCACUCAAAGGGAGAGCUAUUUAAUGAAGGUCCAAUCUCAUAUUUCUCUAUGAAGUUCAACUUCUUUGCAAGCUUUGCAAGAGCUUCAUAUGGCAUUGCAUGGCAUAAGGCUUAAAGCCAAAUGACACCAAUUGCUUUUCUUUUGGACAGGUAAAACUAGCAUGUUCCAUGUCCGAAAGGUUGUUUUUCCAUGGUGAAAGUUAAAGAAGAGGUGAGUUCCCUAUGAUUUCUCCGUGAAUUAUUAUCUAGUUGCUACCAUUUUGUCAUUUACUUUACUUGAUUCGCCUUUGUCCAUGCAUCAUAUAUAUGAUGAUGAACAAAUUCCCUGCAAAUGUUAGCCAUCUGGUGUUGCAGCUACUAGAUCACCCCUUUUUUGUCCCUUUCCUUUGGUUUACUUCGAGACUUUUGCCCGCCAUUUUUUCUUACCUUCUCCAAACUUAGAACCCAGGAAGCUGCUAUAAACAAGUCAAAUGAAACUGCAGUUACAAGUUUGAGCUUUGACAGUAACAGUGGAUUUCUUUUCUGGAGAAAUUUUUUUAAGCCAAGCAUUCACUUUUUUCUCCUUCCUCUCUCUCUCUCCAUUGUCACCAGCAACUGUUUGAGUCUAAGGUCAUUAGAUAACUUCUCGCCCUAAUCUUCUGUGUCUUGCGUCAAAGUCACAGUAAAGGUGGUAUAUAUUACUUCCUGAAAAUAACGGCAUAAGCAGUUUUUUUUGUAGUGAUCCGAAAUUCUGAUGUUAAGUGAAGCUCACUGCAAUUCUAUAUCUACUCAAGAUUAACUGAACAUGCUUUUGAAACGACGGUCCUUGGCAUCAGAGAUCCCCCAGUGACAUUGAAUCAGAAUCAACGACAUUACUUACUUGCUCAAUCGGUAAGUUGAUGAAAAAUAAAACAAUGACAAUACUGUGUUCCAGAUUCCCGGAUUCCCUGUACCCAACUGAUUUUGCUGUUCUUGGCUGCAGUUUGCAGUCCUUCCAAGAUGUGGGCUCUUACAAAGACUCUAUUCUGAUACUCCUGAAUCCUGAUGAUAGAACUCGAGCCGAGCUCUACCUAGGGAAUAGGGAUUAGGAUCAACUAGGGAUUGAUCCUGGGAUUUGGGAAAUGGAAAGAGUGGAUUUGGGGUUGGUGAAGAGAAGCGGAGGGAAAGGAGGUCGCAGCCGUGACAACUGAGGAGAAGAGGAGGGAGGAGGGCUCGGCGGCCAAAGGGAGAGAGAGGAAGAUUAACAAUAGGUUUAGGUUUAAUCUUGCUUAGUUGUCUAAUUCCACUUACAAGUGAUUAAUAUAAUAAUUGGGUAAUUCCCUAUCGCUACCCGACAUAUAAUUUAUUUCCCAAUUCCCGAAAUAGUCCCAAUAAUCUGAAAUAACAAUAAUCCGAUAAUUAAUAAAAAUACUAGAUACUAGUUUCUAUUAUCUCCGCUUUCUUCGGAAAACAACCUUGUCCCCAAGGUUGUCCUCUAGCUCACUAGGUCUCCUCCUCGCCAUCUCCGGCGUCCUCAUAACUGCGUCCUCCGACUCACAAGGUCGAUUAAGUUGGCAUACUUAAGUUCACAAUGCACUUUUGUAUAAUGGUAACUAGGAUGUUGGAGCCUGGCAUAUGUGUUGUGACCAUUUAAUCACUUUUCCGGGUUGAGGAUGCCAUAAAUAAGCUUAAAGCAGUGUUUCUCUUUUUUCCUUCCUGUUAAUAUUUUUUUAAAAUAAAUUUUCAUGUGAACUUCAUGUUCAAAUUUUUUCGCUCAGAAAGAUGUUUUGAUGGUAAUAUAUAAAAGUAUUAGCCAUUUCUAUAUUUUCCAAAUUACAUUGUGUUCUUCGAAAAAUAUUCAUAGUCAUUUUGCAGUUAAUGUUUCGUCAUUACAAAUUAACGAUUAAUGAAUGGUAUUUCAUUAUAAACGAGAUAAUUUACAUAAGAAAUAAACGUACAAAGGAAUAUGACUUGCAUGACAAAUCAUGCCAAUUUACAUUAUAAACCACAAUCUUUUUUCGUUGUAAAUUAUGACUACUUACCGUACAAAUAAAUAAGACUUACACUACAGAUUGAAAUUACUUUAAUUAGGAUUACUUACAUUACAAAUUGUGACUAGUUAUUAUACAAACUCAUACGACUGACUAACGUUACAAAUCAUACUAUUUUCUCAUUAGAAUUUAAUUUAAUGUGCAAUAUAAAAUGGAAAAACUUUC